CAGAGAUGUAUGUGAGCAGUCACAACAGCUUUAUGCUUCUCAUCUGCGCUCAAGAGCUCAACGAACAGCAGCCUAAACAAGAUGAAACUCUGCAUCCUGGUCGUGCUCGGGGCCCUGCUGGUCAUCAUUAAUGGUAUGCCGCCAAUCAGCAGGGACUACAACACGCACUGUCGCUGCCUGCAGGUGGAGUCGAGGAUCAUCCCACCCGACAGCCUGAAGAGCAUCAAGCUCGUCCCUGAAGGGCCCCACUGCCCCGAAACAGAAGUUAUUGCUGGCCUGGCGAACGGAGAGAAGGUGUGCCUGAAUCCUCGGUCCUCCUGGGUGAAGAAACUGGUCCAGUUCGUUCUGGAGAAACAGCUACAUCAGCAGAGAGGUGCGAGUUCCAAGAAUAAGGCCUGAAGAUGAUGUUUCACAUGAAAACCGUGCUGCAGUAAAAGCCUGCAACAAUGAGCCACAUCCUGUGAUACGUAACAGAUGAUAGAAAAUAUUUCAUCCAUUUUGCUGUGUAACUUAAGGACCUACUUGUUUUUUUGUCUUUUUCCAGUUUGUGAUUGUGCUAUUUCAGCUUCUGUUUGGGUUUAUUUCUGCCUACUGUUUCCUACCAAAUAUGCUUGAAAAAAAACAUUAAAGUGUUCCAUAGAGAUAAAGGGUUUGGAUAGUAGGAAGUGAGUGGACAAUCGGCUGUAAUAGAAAAGCUUUAAAAGACUGUGUAUUUAACAUUGCCUGUACAAAGCGUGACUGUAAAGAAAGAUUGACUUUGAAAGCAGAUUCUGUAUAUAGCAGAGUAUUGGAAUAUGUAAUGUGUAUAUAGUCAUUUUUGUGUAAUUUUCCUUUUAUUGAAGCUACUUCAGCAGCAGCAAAACAGUGAACACGAAUAAAAUCAAAU